UUUUAUGGAAUUGCGCUAAGGCAUGGAUGGGGAUGUAAAAAGGACCCGAUAAAGGCAGUCAAGUAUCUACAAAACGCAGCAGAGUCAGCAGUUUAUGAACUACAAACAAAUAUUUCACAGUCAGCCAUUGUGGCUAAAUCAGAAUUGGUACUUGCCAUUUAUGAAUUAGGCAUCUGUUUCCGUCACGGGUGGGGCGUGCCAAAGAAUUUAGAAACAGCAGCCUACUACUUUCAAAUAGCUUCUAAUUUGGGUGAUCCAGAUGCACAAAAUGAUUUAGGAUUUUGCUAUACACAUGGCAUUGGAGUCAAGAAGGAUUUAUAUGCUGCAGCCAAAUAUUAUCGCUUAGCAGAGAAGCAAGGUCAAGGUAUUAUCGGCAAUUCUUGGAUAUGGAAAGAAAAGUAU